AACUUUCAGUUCAUCCCUUCACCAUACUGCACUUCACCUGUCUGGGGGUCUGUAGAUGAUCCUUUGUAGCUUCAAUUGCCAGGUAGGGCAUCGUGUACACGAACCAAAGGACCAGCAGCUCGCGCGAGCGGUGCAGAACUGGAUGCAGAGAUCGAGAGCACGGCACGCGGUCACGGGGGAAGAGGCGGGGCCCUUCAACUACGGUGUUUUUCUGUACCGCACCGUAGUACGGUACAGUGCGGUACGGUGCAGCUACGCUGUGCUGCGUGGUGGGCGUAGAUACGCUGUACAAGCACCGUAGACGGGGUGACCGGUAGUGGGAACUUUUUUGGCGUGUACUGUAGGUACAUAGAUGCUCAUGUACAUUGUACACUGAAGCUGCAUGUGUCCAAUGAACAAUGCUUAGCUAAAGAUAUAGCACUGGCUUCACUAUCACCCUUUGAAUCAUGUCAUUACAAUAAUCAUAAUGUAAACUCGAUGUUGUUGACAAACGUAAU